CUGGAACCGAGCCCCGUGCUGCGUGCUGCCUGCUCUCUACACGUCUCAAUCAAUACAGCUGAAACAUGCAGCAUGUGUUACUGCUUAUUAGACGGCAUACACUCCUUUAAAAAAACACGUUCCUUAGGGUUCCACACGAUCUGUUGUCGUCGUAGGAGGCAGUAGGCCCCUAACAUGGCUAGCUAUUAGGAAUGAGUCUUUUCCCUAUUCUUGGAGCAUCAGGUGCUGCUGAUCAGCAGCAGCGGCGAGGGGAAGGACACUAUGACCCAGCGGCAUGGUUAAGCAACAACACCAGCUUCCGUCCACACGACGUGCUGGAACCCCAAAAUCCGUACGGAAAAUACGCUUCUCAAGCGGAGUUCCUGCGAGCAGCCGAGCGGUACUUGGAGAGCAGCAGCGAAGAGGAGGAUGGCGACGAUGUUCAUGGCGCCACCAAAGCCGCAGCUCAGCAAGGGACGGCAGCCGCCACAGCCGCUAUGGCGCCAGGCGCAGCCGUUGAUGCCGCAGGCAAGGCAUUACACGGGCACAAUGACCGCGACAGCAAGCCGCGACAUGGAAGACGUUCCCGUUCCCAUUCUCGCUCCCGUGAUGACAACAAGCGCUCUUCCAAGCGCUCUAGUCAUAAGCGCAGGGACAGGAGCGCAGAGCGGUCUAAGAAACGCAAGUCCAGAAAACGCCGGAAGCACCGGCACAACAGCAGCGACAGCAGCAGCGACAGCGGCAGCGAGAGCUACAGCGACAGCGACAGCAGCCGUGGCCACGGCAGCAGCAAGGCCAGGGCCAGGGCCAAGGCCGCAAAAGCCGAGCGGGAGAAGAUCCUACGCCUAGAACGCGCGGCCGCCGCAGCCGGAAUCGCACCACAUGCCGCAGCCGCCACCCUCGCCUCCGCCAAGCCCAUCCUAAAAGGAGCCGCGCCGCAGCCGGGGGAGGUCUACUACGACACGCGUGGCGACAUGCAAAACCUGGUGUACGACUGCCUGUACGGCGGAAACAUAGCGUCGUACCACCGUACGGAUCCGCUGGGCCUGGCCAAGGGCGCGCGCGCCUAUCGCAUGUUGCCGGGGCAGGUGGGGGCGGCGGCAGCGCAGGACGAUGCUGCAGCGGUGGCGCCACCGGCAGCGGGUCGGUACUUUGGGGGCAAGGCUGUGGCGGCGGAACGAAGCCGGCGGCUGCGGCGGGUGUACCUGUCGGCUGCUGCGGGUGAGGAGUCCGUGUGGUCCAUGGGUCGCUCGGCUGACGGCCGCCGCCGUGACACCGCUGGAGGCGGUGAUGGUGCUGUUGGUGGUGGUUCUGCUGGAGCGGGUCCAGGAGGAUUUGGGGUCGUGGGGGAGCCGCAGCGGCAGCGCCGCGGUUGGCUGCUGUCACGUCUGGACGGCCCAGCGGUGGCGGCGGCGGUGGCGGCAGCGCCAGCCGGGCUCGGGGGUCCCGGCGGACGGAUGGCGGUGCCGCUGCCGACGUUCUUGCCGGUAGAAGACCCGGCGGCGGCGGCAGCAGCGGCGCUGGCGGCGGCAGAGGGGGGAGGUGGGACUGCGGAGCGGCGAGGCGGCUUGGGGCUGUCGCGGGAGGCAGCGGCGGCACUGGCGGCGGCGGCUGCUGGCGGCGAGUCGGCGGAGGAGUGGGUGUUGCGGCGGACUCGGGAGUUCAAUGUGGCCGUGCGGGAGGCGCCGGGGGACGUGGCGCUGUGGUUGCGCUUCGCGGCCUUCCAGGACCGAGUGGCCCGCACACUGUCCCGGCGGGCGGCGGAGGUGGCGGGGUCGGCAGCGGAGAAGAAGCUGGCCAUACUGCAGCGAGCCCUGGAGUCCCACCCUGGCCACCCGCUGCUGCUGCGCGCCCUCAUGGCCGCCUCCGAGCCGCUGCUGCAGCCGCCCGCACUGCUGGAGCGCUGGCAGACGCUGCUGCGGCGGCCGCCCGUGCGGGGGCAGCCGGGCCUGUGGCGGGAGUACCUGGGGCGGAGGAGGAGCGCGUUCGGGGAGGCCAGCCUGGGGGGCAUGCAGAAAGCGUACGGCAGCGCACUUCACGCCCUGGCCUCCGAGAGGGCACUCCGAGCCCGACAGCAGCAGCCCCAGCAACUGCCCCAGGACGGUCCGGGAGCCACAAGGUCCUCGGAUGGUGGCCCGGGCAACUCCGGCCAAACGGCGGUUUCGGAUCUGGAUCGCGAGUGUGUACGACUGGUUUUGGAGCUGUUGGAUCUGGAGUUGGGUGCGGGCGCUGCUGAGGUGGCGGUGGGGCGCAUGCAGGCGCUGCUGGAGUUCCACUGCUUCGCCCCCGGGGGUCUGGAUCAAGGAGCAGCCGCCGCAGCAGCAUCAGGUGCGGGAGGCGGCGGCACCGGCGGCGGCUUUGGUGGCGCGGGUCGGCUGUCCCCCGGCGCGCUGCUGAGGCUGUUCGACAACUUCUGGGAGAGCGGGGCCCCGCGUGUGGGCGAGGAGGGCGCUGCGGGCUGGGCAAAGUGGUAUCGCCAGGUGAAUGAGGUCCUAUGGGUUGCCAAAUCAGGAUCCCAUGCGGACGCGGACACUGCCACCGCCAACCGCCAAAAGCAGCCGUCGGAACGGAAAGGCGGGAAAGGUAACGAUGGCGACGACGAAGGCGGGGGCGAUGACCCAGGGGUCGGUGGCGGUGGCGGUGGCGGUGGUGGCUGGAGUGGUUGGAUGGAGCUGCCGCCGUUACCGUCUCCUCCUGCGCCGCCGCUGCCGCCGCCUCCGUCCUCAGCAGCCGCAGGAGCGGUACAGGGCUCGGACGGAGGCAAUGGAGGCAAGGG